ACCUGCUGGAAGAAGACGGUCCGCACAGCCGGGACCGAGACCGAUUUCAAGAAAAGCUGAUGUUGCUGCUGAUCCUGCUAGAAGAGACGAGGAGGGGGAUGAUCUGCAAAGCUCAGACCGUGGCCAAUUUCUAGAAUACGACUUUGACCCCCUCGAAAAGCUCAAGUAUCCGCCGGCAACGGUCGACCACCUCUGGCUGCUGCAGAAUCUUCAAGAAGAGGCGAGGUUUAAGAAUCCGUCGAGGAGGGCCCACCGUCUCGGGAUGCUGCUGAACCUGCCGGAAGAGGAGAUGACAAAGAUGCAAAACUGGGACCGUGGCCGCUUUCAAGAACCUAUCCGAUUUCAAGAACAUCUCCUUGGCACCCUCGAAAAGCUGAACCUACCGGCGACGGUCGCCCACUUCGGACUGCUGCUGAACCUGCCGGAAGAGGCGAGGAGGAGGAAGGUCCGCUUAUCCGGGACGAGUUCACGGAAAGCUGGAGAGUGUACCGGCGAUGGACGACCACAUCGGGCUGCUACUGAAUCUGCCGGAAGAGGCGAGCAGGAGGACGGUCCACACAGCGGGGACUUUGCCGGGAGCUCAACCCGGGAUGCUGCUGAAUCCGUCGGAAAGCCGUGGCAGAUUUCAAGAACAUCGAUCUACCACCCUCGAAAGGCUGAAAAAGCUGCCGGCGAUGGUUGACCACUUGGGCUGCUGCUAAACCUGGCCGAUUCCAAGAACAUAGCCCCCUUGAAAAGCUCAAGAAUCUGCCAAAGACGGGCGACCACCUCGAGCUGCUGCUGAACCAACCGGAAGAGAGGUUGGAGAUGGUUCGCAAAGCCGGGUCCGUGGUCGAUUUCGAACUCAACCCGGGAAGCUGCUAAAUCUGUCAGAAAGGAGUCUGAACUGAACCUGCCGGAAGGAGAUGGUCCAGUGGUCCACAUAGCCGCAGGAGUUCCAGGGCGGCACCUUCAGCAUAUCCAACCUGAACAUGUUCGGCAUGACGCACUUUUGUGCCAUCAUCAACCCCGCUAAAGCUGUAUCCUUGCCAUCGGUGCUUUUCCGUUCCCUGGCUUCGGUUCCGUGGUCGAUUUCAAGAAAAGUUUAAGAAUCCGCUGGCCACGGUCGACCACUUCCAAGACAGCGGCUCGUUAAUCAAAGUGUCAUUUUAAAAUAAAUAAACCGAGAUAAAGUAUAAUUAUUACGAUCAGAACCAAAAUUAGUUUUAUUUGAGUUUAA